AGGUCACAGGAUGCAGUGUCUUCACGCUGUGCACCGCUGUUGUCGUGGGCGUGUCACCACGAGUGUCAUCAGGAAACGGAAAAAACACGGAACCUGUUGUGCUGACGUGUUGUGUUCUUGGUGUUAUUUGCGCGUGUUGGUGAAGGAGCGCAGACCCGAGGAUGACCGUGCGUGGUGUUUUCCACGGGAGAGGAGCCUGCAUGGUCCUGCUGCUGUGGGUGUCUGCAGCCUCACAGACCCACACUAACUACUACGCCACUCUGAGCGUGGAUCACACUGCCACAGACACGCAGAUCAAAAAAGCUUUCCGCGCGCUGGCCGUCAGGUACCAUCCGGAUAAGAACAAGAGCGCAGAUGCAGAGAAGAUUUUCAGAGAGAUUGCUGAAGCCUACACAGUGCUGUCCAACAAGGAGAAGAGGAGGCUGUAUGACCACUUGGGCCAUGAGGCUUAUCUAAAAAAUGAGGCCUCCCAGGACCCCGGCGAUGGACAGGACCCGAUCUUUCACUUCAGUUUUGCUGACCUGUUUGAAAACCUCCAUGACGAUCCUUUUAUGGAAGAGCCAGUCUUUCGCUGGACUUUCAACCAGGAUGGGAUGGAUGAAGAAAACCUGCAAGAACAUUACAUUUUCCAAGACUCUUCUAUUUUUGAGCCGAUGGAUUUCAUGUUUUUUGGGGAUGGUGAUGAAAAAGAGGAAGAAUCCAACAAGUAGACUAAAAUACCAGCAUUGAAAGUCUUGUUCUGUGUGGAAUAUUUUGUCCCUGAUGUAUUUUAAUG